ACUUCGGGGAACCAUCUCUUCUCCCUUAUGAUGGAGGAGUCAAUCCAUUCCUCUUUGAACGGGGCUCUCUACUCCAAGGAAGGGACACCCUCUUCCGAGGAGAGUGGUUGGACCAUGUACUUUGAGGACUUCUUGGCAUCAGAGAAGAAGGAAGAAGAUGGUUGCUCUUUUAGCAUUGGAGGAGGGUCUUCCGUCAUCUCUGAUGCUGCUUCAUGUGUUGCAUGGAAGCCUUCUGCCGGUGCUGAGACCACAAAGAGCUGCAAGAAGCUCAGCUUUAAGAAGAGGAAGGGAAAGGGUAUCUUGGAUGAUGACUCUUUGGAAGAUACUGCUAGCUCUCCUGUUAACAGUCCCAAGGUUAGUUAUUUGAAUCGUUCAGAUGUGCAGCCAAAUAAAAAAGACGACGAUUAUAAGGGGAUUCCUCAGGAGGAAGGUGUUGGUUAUGGGAAUGACUUGGAGCUGAAAAGAGAUGUAAAUGAAUUGGGUUUUAUUGAGGGAACCAAUGAAUGUACAGAGCUGAAGAAAAGAGGGCUUUGCCUCCUUCCUUGGUCCAUAUCCUCAUGAGUGGUCACCAGCGUGGGGCAGACCUGGCUGGCAAAGCAUGGAGGAAGGACUUUGGCGGGGACAAGCACGUGUGCUUAUCUUGGUAGAUUUUGAUGGGAAGACAUUGCAUUUGUGCUCUCAGAGCAUUCGCACGUGGCGUGCCCUUGCCCGUACUGGCUUUGGUUCUUUCUUCUCUGCCUUCGUGGGGACUACUACCUCUGGAGUGUAUCCCUCGAAGUAGGGUCCUUCGUUCAUCUCUUUGAGUUAGAUGGGACUGCACCAACGCCCCGGUUUGCAUAAAGAAGUGUAAACAUAACAGGAUCCACAAAAUCUUUUAUGUCAUCGUUCUAAUUUUGUGCA